UGACGUAGCUCUGUAAGCGCGUAGGAUACUGCUUAUUCGUGAUCAGUGUGGUGUUUGAACAGUACUCCGAGUCGCUGCAAAGCUGUGUGGUUGAUUCGUUUGUCAAUUUAAAGAUGUCUUCAACUGGUGUGACUCCGAAGAAACAGAGGAAAUCGGAAGGAUCUGCAGAAACGGAAGAAGACAGGGACUAUGACAACGAGACACAAAAAGCAUUGGAGGAGAUAGACGCAUGUCAGAAUGAAAUCGAUGCUUUGAAUGAGAAAGCUAGCGAGGAAAUCCUGAAAGUUGAACAGAAGUACAACAAACUGCGGAAACCAUAUUUCGAGAAAAGGAAUGAAAUCAUCAAAAGGAUACCCAACUUUUGGGUAACCGCUUUUGUCAACCACCCUCAAAUUGCAGCAAUAUUGGAAGAAGAGGAGGAGGACUGUCUUCACUACCUUACAAAGUUGGAAGUUGAAGAAUUUGAAGACAUCAAAUCAGGUUACAGGAUAAAUUUUCAUUUUGAAGAGAAUCCCUACUUUGAAAAUGCUGUACUCACCAAAGAAUUUCACUUGGGAACAACUGGGGAUCCAGCAUCACAGAGUACUCAGAUUAGGUGGAAAGAUGGCCAUGACUUAACAAAGAAAGCAAAAGAGAAGACUGCAGCCAAAGGAAGGAAAAGAGAUCUUGAUCAGAAAACAUUUUUCCAUUGGUUCAUAGAUCAUGGAGAUCCAGCUGCUGAUGACAUUGCGGAGGUUAUAAAGGACGAUAUGUGGCCAAAUCCUUUGCAGUAUUACUUGGUUCCAGAUAUUGAAGUUGAAAACGGUGUUGAGGGUGAAGAUGGCAGUAUGUAUGCUGCUGCUAGUGAAGAUGAAGGAGAUGACUCUGUGGUUGUUGUGGAAGACAUGGAAGAAGAAGAUGAGGAAGCAGAGGCAGAAGGUGAGGGAGAUGAUGAUUGCGAUGUUUUGGUGGAAGAGGAAGAGGAAGAUGAUGAAGAGGAUGAUGAUGAUGAAGAGGAAACUGAAGAAGUGGGUGAGGAAGAGGAGGUUGAAGGUGGCGACGAGUGAACGUUUUACGGGUUUCAGUGACUGAAAGUGUGUACUGAAAAUCAGUGAUGGACAAUUGUGGAGGAUUCCAAACCAGCACAGUCCCUGGCAGUGAGGCAUUAAUGUGUAAUAACAAUUGUAAAUUAUUAAAAACUGAAGUGAUCGGACGUAACGUGAAAGAUGUGCUGCUGUAGUAGUCAUUUUCUUGACGUGAGUGAGUGACUGAUCUUAAAUAAUGCUCAUAAACUUAAUGUUGGGUGUGCUGAUCCUGCAUUUUAUGUUGUAGAGAUAUAUUUUAAACUGUUUGUGUGCCACGCCUCUUUGCAACUGCCUGAUAUAUCACAAUUUUAAUGUAUAACCAAUGCCAGCUGUUUUAUAAAAUCAGACCAUCAUGCUGCAGAAAAUGGCACCUACAUGAUAAAUGAAAAGGUAGAGGUAAGGGGCACAUUUUGUAUGCCAGAUGGAAAUGUCAGACAGACUCUCACUACCAUUCUCCUCAGUCCCCACCCUCCACCCACUUUUCCACCUACCAACUGUUGUUUGUUCAUUAGUUUUCACUGUGGUCUUACUUAAUACCAUUGUUUAUCCCUCCCUCCCCUCCCCAGCAUCCCUUGCCCCCCUUGUCUAUGUUAAAUUUUUGUUGGUGAAUGAAAAAAAAAAAAAAGAUUGUGGAAGUGUAGUAUAGUGUUAAUAUAUUACUUUCGCCUAAAAUAACAGUUCAGUAAUAUAUUAUGUUUGAAAUUAGUUCUACAGAUCAUGUUGUUUUAUUUUGUUUGAAGUAAGUAUUAUGAACAUGAUGUUCAGUCACUGAAAAUGUUCCGACAGUAGAUUCAAGAGUAUAUUUAUCUGCCCACCAUCCCCUUGGGGAACUUACCCAGAGUAAAAUUUGAUUGUUCAUGUUGUUUUUGUACUUGAUUUUGUCCAAUUAUUGAUUCUAUCUCCAUUAUUAAAGAUGAAAGGUAAUAUUAUUGCCAUUCCACUAAUCAAUAUUUUUAUUGUCAAAUGUGUUUUUUGGCAAGUAGAUAAAAUUUAGGAUAGUUCCCAUAUUUUCCAUUAAAAAUAUGUUGGACACUACCUAUUUUCCAACUGUUCUCAUUUAGAUACUUCAAUCCAGAUUAAUUUUCUGUUCUUUCUCCUUUAAAUUUACUCACAUUUUUGGUACUUGUCAAAACAAAUAUGACAACGAAAGCAAUCGAUUAUUGAUAACAUUAUUUAACUGGAUAGCCCUGAAAGCUCUUCAAUCACAACAGUCGUUUGUGUGUGUGUUUGUGUGUGUGUGUGUGUGUGUGUGUGUGUGUGUGUGUGUGUGUGUGUGUGUGUGUUGUGCCACCGCUUGCAAAAGAAAUGGUGUUCUAUCAUCCAUUUUUAAUUUUUUACAUUUCUGUGAUCCCAUAAUGACCUGUCCUAAUGGAUUUAUUUUGUGGAGAUCAGUUACUUGCAAAGAAGUGAAGUGGUAUCUAUUCCACACCUGUGGAAGGCGUUUCUGCCUUUCGUGUAACUUUCUUCCCUCUUAGUGACUUUGCAAAACAUACAAUGUUUUGCCAUCCAUUUUUUAAAUUUUUUACACUUCUGUGGUCCCAUAUAAUUCAUUCUUAAUGAAUUUAUUUGGUGGCUAUCAGUUACUUGCAAAGAAGUAAAAUGGUUUUCACUCCACAUUUGUGGUGUCUAGCUUUUGAAAAUAAUGCUUCAUAGCGCUUGAUGGGAAACAUUUUUCACACAGUUCUAAUAUAUUACAGGGUUGGUUUUCACUAAGCUUUUUUAUUUAAAAUACAUUAAAAUUGUGUAUAUUCAUUACCUAAAUCCUCUCUGAAAGCACAACAUCUUUUUCCUCACUUUCCUUGUAUUUAAAGCAGUAUAAUUUUAAGCUCCUACUGUUCUUUGUAGAAAACUUGCAUGGUUAGAUAAACCAUUGCCAAUGUUUUGUGCCAUGCAUUUGUUUUUCAGAUGCAGUGUGUGGCAUUAAAACUGAUUUCCAAGGAUACUUUGUUUUAAAUUUUGUUUCUAAAAAGAAUAGCAAACUUAGAAAGUUGUUAUAGCGGUUUCUCUACCCUUAUCAUUAAUGAAGUGUUUUGUAUUCAGGAUUCUAUCGCAAUUCUCAUGACUUCAAAAGGGAGUCUGGUUGCUAUGAACAUACACAACUAAUACUCUUUGUAGUUGCUGUAGUUAUAUUGAUUUUCCACCGUGAGAUGGUUGCCAUCGAAAACAUUUGUCUUAAACUUUCACACAAGUAAUCAGUUUGUUACUAAAAAUCUAUAAAUGUUUACAUAAUUUUAUAAAAUUUGUUAGUAUCAUAUGGAAGUAUACUGCACAGUGAUUUACCAACAACUAUAAACACACUGGCUUCACAUCACUUCUCUUCAACAGUAAACAUGUUAAAGGAUUAUAUUGACAAGUGCCACUUUGGUACUGCUACAGUAUUGUUAAACUUUCAGGUUCUCAAUUAGUUGGGACAUUUGGAUUUGUUCUCUUGUGGAUUUUUCUCCCCUGUGUGAAUAUGUGGUGGUUUUAAUUUUUUGCAGUUGCAGUUGUUCCUUGAUUUUGUUUGAAGAAUAGCAACUUAAUAUGGUUAAGGAUAACAAUUUGUGAUGAAACUACUUUCUUGUAAGUUCCCGUAUUGUUAUGAUUGAUGUUUAUCUGGAAGUGAAUAGGCAAAUGUGCUUUAUGGUAGGAGGAAAAGAAGAGCAUGUGCAAAAUGUUUCCAUUAUGUUGAGCAUUUACAUUCUGUUAAAAGUGAAGUUACAGAUAUUGCUGCCAAAGUAUUAUAUGUAUUCUUUGUCUGAGCAUUAAGUUUACUCUUCGCAUUUGUGAAGAUUGGAACUGUGGGAGGCAUGUGAAAUGACGAACAUGGUAAUAACUUUCACUGUUGAAGUACAUUCCUCUGAAAGGUUGAAAAGAAAUUUGUGGCAUUUCAGAAGUACUAAAUUUCUCCAAAUUCAGAUGCAGAGGUAGCCAUCUGUACUUUAGUUGCUGUCAGUUUCAGGAAAUUUAUUAACUGUAUUUUUAAAUAAAUAAUUUUGAUACCCUAUAAUAAUAGUAAAUGUUGAAAUCAGUGUUCCCAAAAGAUGUAGUAACUGUAAGGUAUUGAAGAUAUUAGGUAAUAGUCUAGUUGUAAUUUUCUGCAUAGUGAGUUCAUGAGUUCUGUAAAUCUGUUCUGUAUGCACAAUGUAAAAUAUGAUAUACAGAUUUUUUAAGAAAAAGAAAAUCAAAAUGUACUGUGUACCUUCACUUUAUUUUGGAAUGCUUUAUUUGACUCACAAAUAAGUUGUUUAUGUAUAAAAACUAUCCAUGAGCAGAAUGGAAAAAUGUAACUUUUUAAAUUUUUUUUAUAAUUACUCCAUAAAUUCAUAAAAUGGAAGUGUGGUACCGACCCCCCCCCCCCCCCCCCCGCGCUCUCUCUCUCUCUCUCUCUCUCUCUCUCUCUCUCUCUCUCUCUCUCUCUCUCUCUCUCUCUCUCUCUCUCUCUCUCUCUCUGUGUGUGUGUGUGUGUGUGUGUGUGUGUGUGUGUGUGUGUGUGUGUGUGUGUGUGUGUGUGUGUGUGUUGGUGGGGUGGGGAGAGCUCACAAUAGUCCCCACGCCCCACCCUUACACAUUUCUGUGCCAAUUUCCUGUGCCCGUCGCAGCUUUCCCAGUAUUAGUUGUACAGUGUGUUUAAGUGUACUAUUAUGGAAGCCAUACAAAAUUCUACAUGAAUUUACUAUCAUGAUGAUUAUAGUAGCUUUAAAUCCUACAUGUAAUAAAGUAAUUCUUUAUAUAACAAGACAAAACUUGCAGAAAAGUCAGUUGCUAAUCAUCUGCACAAGUAUUUCAGUGAGCUGUAAUUCGAAUAUGAGAGAUCAUUUAAAAUACUGUAUGGUAUUUAUUUCACUGUGUCUUCUGAUCUUUUUUAAUGUGAUCUGAAAUGUUUUAUCAGUAGUUCCACAUAGAAUGUUGAAAAAUCUAGCAACAUGUGCUGUCUGUGUGAAAAUAGGUAAGUAUGCUGUUGAAUGUAAUCAAAAGUGGUAAACCUCUGAGAAAAAUUGUGUACCUACAAUGCCUGUUUGAGAUUCUUUAUGGCCUGUUUAGUUUUUUUUUUUUAUCUGAUAUGCAGGGCCAGUGAUGGUUGCAUUCCACUUAGCUGUAACACACCUUGCUGAGCAUUACUGCAGUAAGACUGAAAUUCAAUUAAAAAUAAUUGAGGUGGAAAACUUCUUCCUGUCUUAGUCUUAAAUUUUUUUCGGUAUUUCAUAGUAAGCGGGAAACGUAGGAUAAGAAUAUUUUUAAAAAUUUUUAAGUGAACUAUCAGCGUUGUGAUAGGCAUGAUUUCAAAUUCAUGUACUUAUGAAAAUUUUUUGAUAAAGAAAAACAAAAGUACUUCAA